CUCCUCUUGCAACUCUGCAAGAUGGAUUCCUUACUACUGAACUCUUCUCCAGACGUUGUAGAACGGAUGAUAAGCGUUUGUAAAAGUAAUGGGUUCACUCAGACUCGAAAUUAUUGCUUAAUCUCAGCAAAUGGGCACCCUUCCUUCUGGCCUUUGUCUUCACAGUGUAAACCCUCUCUGAGGCUGAGAACCUCAGCCGUCGUUGCAGCUAAAAGGGAUCCAAGUAAGAAGAAAUCUGACUCUCACAGCUUUAUUCCAAGGCCAGAUGAAGCUACUGGUCCAUUUCCCGAAGCUGUUCUGCUUAAAGAGAGGAAAAUUGAGGAAGAUGGUAGGCUUGUACCAGAGUUUGCUGAUGCUGAAGAGAAGGAACUUUUUGAGGCUUUGAGUCUUGAGCUAGAAAGUGACUUGGAUGUUGAGCGGAUGCGGCAUUAUGAAGUGGUUUAUCUAAUUCAUGAAGACCGCAAAGACGAAGUUGAGAGUGUCAACAUUAAAGUUCAAGAAUUUAUAAAAGAGAACAAAGGCAGGAUUUGGAGAUUCAGUGACUGGGGCAUGAGGAGAUUGGCAUACAAGAUACAAAAGGCAGAGAAUGCUCACUAUAUCCUGAUGAACUUUGAGUUGGAAGCAAAACUGAUAAACGAUUUCAAGAGCAUGCUUGACAAGGAUGAAAGAAUCAUUCGGCAUCUUGUGAUGAAGAGGGACGAGGCGGAAACAGAGGAUUGUCCUCCUCCACCUGAGUUUCACACAAUGCGCUCUGGUAUGGAUGAUGAUGAUGAUUGGGGGGAUACAGAGUAUGAUGAUAAAGAGGAUGAUGGAGACGACUUCCUCGAAGAGGAUGAAAUAGAUAUGUCCUCUUUCAGGGAUAACACUGAAGGUAUCAUUUAUGUCGAUGAAGAGGCGGGUGGUAGAGAAAGUAAUGCACAUAGCACAGGGAAAAGGAAGCAAAAAGCUGAAAAAGUAGUUCGGCAGUAUUAAUUUACAUGUGGGGUGCUUAUUAAAUCCCGAGAAUCUAAAAAAACUGGUUGCUAAUUUGAGGUUGCUGCUUCUCUGUUUCUGUUGUUUGAUUUUCAUUACUAAAUCCAGAGACGACAGUAUAUCUCCAUACGCCCCACUGAGAUCAUCCUCCA